AUGCACCCUAAGGAUUUUGAGUUUUCUUCAAUGGCUACAGGAAAUCUCUUUCCAGAGCUUUCAUGGAUUUGUGCAUUACUCUUCCUUCUUGUUGUAAUCAUGCUUCUUGCUACCUGUGUUUGCUUUAAGGAACAUGAAAAACCCCAAGAAUAUGGUACUGCUGGCAGACUUUCAAUUACUAGAGAUUCUCCUAUAUUACAAAUUCAGCCUAGAAACAGAGGUAGUUUGUCUAUAAGCUCACGGCAUAGCGAUUUGAGCUCUGAUGAUGGAAUUCCCAAAAGGAAUUCUUGGACUGUGAAAGAUCGAGCUUUGCCUGAAAUUCCAGAUUCCAAUAUUUCUUCAAUAAGUCACACUUCGGUUACUGAUAAUGGAUCUGUCAUAAAUGGUAUUCCUCUGAUUAAUACUCAUGUCAAAAAUAAAAGCCACAAAGCAGCUGCUCCCAAACCACCUUGCAACGAUCCUUCCAAAGUAUUUCCUCUAAAUGGUACUGCUUUAUUGCCUUCAAAUGGUCCAUCUGGAGUAACUGUGACCAUCACUGUGAAUGAUAAAACGCACAUUAUUGGAAGCAACGUAUCAACUUUGGAAAUGGGUACUAAGUCCCGAAUUCCUGUUGCUGACAGUAUUCCUGGGACGUCCAACAGCAUGGUCAUUCUCAAGAAAGUUGAGAAAGUGGAAAGUGCCGAUAGUCCUGCUAAGCAAUCCUCGGGUCCAAGCUCAAAUUUAUAUGAUUCAGUGUCUGAUAAUAUUAGUGACAGGGGAUCCCAAGCCACAUCUGUAUCAUCUAGUCCAGUGUGCAUUAAAAUAGAAAAUGUUACACCUAUUGAGGAAGAUGUUCCUCUGCCAUUAAGUUGUCCAUCAGCUAGUUUAGCUGUAGCAGGUGCUGUGCCGUCUUCUGAUAUACCAUAUAUGACACCACCUCUGCUUCAUAAUCCUCCUUCAACUUCUAAUACCCAUCCUAGAAAUGAAAACACUACAUCAAGUAAUGAGCUCCCAUAUAAUGUAAUUUCAGUCAGGGAACCUUUAGCUCAUGUCAGAGGAAUAACUUUAAAGAAACAGAGAGCUACGGUUCAACAAAAUUCUGAGGAAAGUGAAGACCACUAUGCUAUGGUUAAGGAAGAAGAACAGAUGUAUGCAGAAAUCGGCUCAGGGCAGGAUUCUGGGUCAUCAUCCAUUACAUAUGCUCACAUUGAACCUAGGGAACUUCCUCCUGUCCCACCUACUGUUGAAAGCCUUAAGUCAGUUGCUCAUGCUCAUAGUAGACAAGCUUCCACAGUGUCAACAUCAUCUUUUGGCAGUAACGUUUCCUCUGGUGAACCAGCUUCACCUCCAACAUUGCGCAACCCAUCUACCUCUCUUUAUUCCACUGUUGAAAAGAAUAACAAGCAGCGGAAAACUAUACACGUCGCAGAAGGUGUGAGCUUAGUUUCAACCAUUGAAAAGAGGAAAAAAGUUGAAGACUUGUAUGCAAAAGUUCGUAAGAAACGUGUUGAAUUGACCAUCAGCACAUCUGAUGAUUAUUCUGCAUAUCAGGGAAUAAAUGGGGAAGAUACUGAAUGUAUAACCCCUCCCCCUUCUCCGUGGGCUUCAACAACACCACCAGCCCCUCCCCCCAUAGCUGGAAGAAUACAAGUUGCGUCCCUUUUGCCAGGAACGUCUCAGCACAUGAGGCGACACUCUGCUGACCCCAAUUUACCGGAAGUGGUGAACGAAAACAGAGUGUUUAGUAACAGUGCUCGAAGCUCUGUGAGUAUUUCAAGCAAGAAUGUGAGUGAACCGGAUUAUGAACGGAUUUACAAUGAGGGAAAUAAUUCAGGUGAUUCUUGUUAUGAAAAAAUAAAAGAUGAAAUUAGUGUUCUGGAAGUCAAAUCAGAUAUUGGAUAUGAGACUGUUGAUCAUCCCGACAGAGCCCAGUCUGAUUCCCAUUACCCUGGGUAUGAGAGUGUCAAAGAUAUAAACGAAGAUGAGGAUUCGCUAGAUCCAGGAUAUGAAUAUGUCACUCAAUCGAACUCGGAAAAUGAUCCUGGCUAUGAGCCGGUCAGAGUAUCCACAAAUUUUGAUGAUAGUGAUUCCAAUUCUGAUUACACAGUAGUGAAGCUUGAAGAAAUACCGGAACCAAAUUAUGAGAUUGUAAAGAAUUUGGCUAGAUCAGGAAGUGAUGCUGCUGAUCCAGGAUACGAAAAAAUAAAGAAAGUGCCUAGGACAGAAAGCAAUGCCACUGAUCCUGGAUAUGAGAAAGUCAGGAAUAAAAUAGAUGAUGUUGCUGAUCCUGGUUAUGAAACCGUGCAACGAUCCGACAGCGAUACCGAUCCGGGAUAUGAAAUAGUUCAUCAGACAAGAACUACUAACAGUCGGUAUUCUGGUAAAAGUGUAGUGAGCUUAAAUCAAAAGGCAGGUGUGGGUAGUAAUUCUAAUAGUACUGUCUUAUUUGUGUCCGGAAAUUCCAAAUCACAUUUGUCAAGCAAUCCUAGUUCCUCCCAAAAUCAUGAUUCAUCAAGUUCAAAUGAAGCAACUGCUACCUUUCUGUAA